AAUGAGCCGGUUGCUGCAGUGCCCCAUCUGGGCUCUUCAGCCAGGGCUCUGGCGUAGACACGCACGGGGCUGGUCUCCCCCCGGUACCUCGCCUGGAGCCCCCACGCAGGGGACAGACUCAGCCUAUGCUCUUGUCGCCCUCCAGCACCAUGGCCCGCCCAGGACUGCUCGCCGUCCUGCUCCUGGCCGUGCCGGCCAUCUCUGUUCCUGUGACAAACGACAUGAACAAAGGGGACACUAAGGUGAUGAAGUGCAUUGUAGAGGUCAUCUCUGAUACUUUAUCAAAGCCAAACCCCCUGCCGAUCAGUGAGGAAUGCCUAGAAACACUCAGAGGAGAUGAACGCAUCAUUUCUAUCCUUCGCCACCAAAAUUUAUUGAAGGAGCUUCAGGAAAUUGCUGCUCAAGGUGCCAGUGAGAGAACUCAGCAGCAGAAGAAAAACAGUGGCUUUGAAGAUGAACUUUCUGAAGUCCUUGAAAAUCAGCACAACAAGAACAAGCAGAGAGAUGCAGCAGGGGAGCACCCUGAGGAGGAACAGCCCACGGGGUCCCUGGAUGAGUUGGCAGCACAGAAAACCCAGAAAAAUGAAGAUUCAAGAGAGGACGGGAAAAACAGCCUGGAGGAGAGGGAGCCCAGGCCACGAGAUGCCAACCCUGGAGAGGAGGAGGAUAGGGAGGAAGCAGAGAGCAAUGAGAUCAGGGGUGCAGAGGAUGCCCAGCUAGAUGCAGCUUUGGACAAUCACAUCAGCAAAGACUUCAGUGAGGAGGAGCAGCAGCAGCAAGGGGAUGAAGAGGAGCAACCCAGAAGCCCCAGGGACAGGCUGGAGCUCGAGGAUGAGGGAGAGCAGCCGUCCAGGCAAGCCCAGGAGCAGAGCAAGGAGGCAGCAGGGGAGCAUGUGGAGCGGGAGGAUGAUGGAGGAGAUGAUGUUGCAGAGGAGGACCCCACCGAAGCAGAGAGGUCACUUGAUUUGCCUGAGGAAGAUGAGGAGGCUGAGGAGAUGCAAGGAGAAGAGAAUAACGAUGAUGCUCUGGGAUUUGCCAAAGAUAGGCAGAGUUCUGAGGAGGAGGAGGAGGAGGAGGAAGAGGAGGAGCAGCCCCGGGCACUGAGAAGAGGAAGGCAUCACCUGGAGGAUGAGGGAAUGCAGGGUGAGGAGGAGGACACCUUCCCAUCCAGGGAUGCCAAAAGCGAGGAGACGGAGGAUGAGUCCUCCAGGGAGUGGGAAGACUCCAAGAGGUGGAACAAAAUGGAUGAGCUGGCCAAGCAGCUGACAUCAAAGAAGCGCAUGGAGGAAAACGAUAGUGGGGAAGACCCAGACAGAUCCAUGAAAAUGGCCUUCCGGUCCCACAAGUAUGACUUCAGUAGUCCAGAGGAAGAUGUGAGAAGGUCAUGGAAGCAUCACUCAAAGGAGGACAGCAGUGAAGGAGGCUUUCCACUUGCUCCCAUGCCUGAAGAAAAGAAGGAUGAGGAAGGCAGCGCUAAUAGGAGAACAGAGGACCAGGAGCUGGAGAGCCUGGCUGCCAUCGAGGCCGAGCUGGAGCGCGUUGCCCACAAGCUGCACGAGCUGAGACGAGGCUGAGGGCCCGCCUCACCCACACCGGUGAAAGCCACCACCUCUGCCCUCCUCUCUCCCCACCGCAUUUUCAUUUCCUGAUUUAAAAGCAAUUAAGCUGGAGCAGAAGCAUCGUGCCUAGGAAGCCGACCUUGCUAGCGUCCAGGCCUGCCUCCCUUGCCGUAGUGUUGUGCCCAUUGCUGCUUCUUCACUUCAUGCUCCCUUGUCCACAUGGAUGCCCACCCGCCUGGCUGGGUGCUGGUGGGCACGAAGUGCGAUCUACAUGUGUAUCUUCUGCCUGGGUGGGGUUUUUUUUCCCCUCUUUUUUUUAAAAGACAACACAGCUUUCUAGAAAGUUCUCCUUCCACCGGUAGUUUCACUGGGUAAAAAAAAAACUGCAAUAACUUGUUAUCUUUUGAUUAAAAGCUGAGAACUCUGACUGUAAUAUAUUCUAUAUAAAAAAUUUAUCUAAGGAAAAAUAAAA